AUGCAUAUCUCCCCUGUCUUCAUCGUCGGUCUCUUGCUGGCCAACGCUGAAGGCGUCCUUGGAGGUAGCAGAUUUUGGGAGGCUAAGGCCCCGAACAAGCGGAUGAAGUCCAUGCCAGAAUAUCAACCCCUGGAGACAUUCAAUUCAACGUCGCCACUCAUCAAGCGCGCUAUGUCUAUCAAGAGCCUGCCCAGCGACGUCGGGGCAAAUCGCAUCUGGCCUAACAAGAAGAUCAAGUACUGCUUUGUCGCUGACCCAACUGCCGCAUUCCGGGGCCAAUGGGAAUCCGCUAUGCGAGCAUGGGCGGCCCUCGAUAGACACGGAUUCACCUACGAGGAGGUCUCCCGGGAGAUCUGCACCUCGCAGCCCAGCUCCCAUCUACGCAUCUUCUACAACAAUAACGGCCGGCUGACUUCGACGGUCGGCAUACCCGUUAUUGAUGACGCUGCAAACCAGGCUGAUCCAGAUAAUGCCGUGAUAGGGCCCUUCACGCACCUUUCCGAUUUGGCAACUGUCGGUCAGGAAGAUGUCGUUGCUAACAUGGCCCACGAACUCGGUCACAUAUGGGGCUUGCACCAUGGGCACCAAAUUCCAGAUCACUGGGAAGUGAGCGAUGAAGAUAUCUUCGACAGCUGGAACAUCAAUGGUGGCAAAGAAGCGCUCUUUGCGACCAGCAAGUUUAAUUGCGAGAAUCUCAAAGAUCACGACACUGUGAAGGAGAAAGUUCAAAAGUUAGUGGAUGCCGCAGUAGGAGCCGAGAGAGACGGUCUAGAGGAUGAGCAAACUCGCCUCUGCAUCUCUCGGGAUGUUGCCCAAAAGUACGGUUUCAGUGCUUCCGAAUGGCUUCCCAUGGUGAACACUGCCAGAAUGGUUAUAGACGAAGACUUUGAUCGAGACUCAAUCAUGCUAUACCCCUCUCGUGCAGGUGGCAAAGAGUCUGGCAGUGUUCGCGCAAUCGUCAUGACAUACAAAGAUGGCUCCGAAAUCCCAAACAGAGUGACUCCCAGUAUUAUGGACGUGGAGCGUCUGGUGGCACUAUACGGCGACCCAGCGCCCUCCACACUGCAAGUGCCGCAUGUAGGGAAGGGAAGUAAGUUUUUAAACAAGUUCAAAGAACUGAGGAAGAAAGCCAGCUUUAGGCGAUAUGGUGAUACAAAGGAUGGAAUCUGCCCUAGUUGA